CUGGCCCUCUGGGCUUCGGCUUUCACCCUGUCAAAGCCCAAACUGGAGUUGGAACUCUCAAGUUUCUACUCUUCAUUCCUUAUGUGACGUCUCUGCGAUUCACAAUAUCUUCAAUUCGCACAUAAUAAUUUCCAAUCAGACUGUCUCCUCCUAAUCUUUGCUGUUGUGGAAGAUGGAAUGGACUUGUACGACGGCAACUUCGAGCUGAAGGGGAUUCAGAAACUCGAAGGCCACACUGAUAGGGUUUGGAGUCUCGCGUGGAAACCGGCCACCGGAGUUGCGGGUGUCCCUCCUGUUUUCGCUUCUUGUAGUGGCGACAAGACCGUCCGAAUCUGGGAGCAGGAUCCCUCCACUUGGUCCUGGAACUGCAAGGAAGUUUUGGAAGAAACAUACACUAGAACUGUUCGUUCCUGUGCUUGGUCACCAUCAGGCAAACUUUUGGCCACUGCAAGCUUUGAUGCCACCACUGCUAUUUGGGAAAACGUUGGGGGUGAUUAUGAAUGUAUUUCCACCUUAGAGGGACAUGAAAAAGAAGUGCAAAAUGUGUCUUGGAAUACCUCUGGAUCUCUGCUUGCUACUUGUGGUCGAAAUAAAUCUGUUUGGAUUUGGGAAGUGAUGCCGGGGAAUGAAUUUGAGUGUGCUUCAGUGUUGCAAGGUCAUACACAAGAUGUAAAAAUGGUCCAAUGGCAUCCGACAGUGGAUGUUUUAUUUUCUUGUAGCUAUGACAACACUAUUAAGGUGCCACGGAUCUUAAAAUGCAGAUUCAUUAGGUGCAUGGGUCAAUACUCAAAACUUAUUUUUUGACUAGAUUAUUUUACCCAACUCAUGUUAUGGCUUCGGUUGUUGUUGAUGCUAUUAAAUUUGGCCUAAAUGUUAAAAGUCUC